AUGGCACCAACCACUAAACCCAACGGUCGAAAAUGUAAGCCACGUGUGAGAAAGACGAACCGUGGUGUCCGCACUCGCGAAGGCCAUGCACGUUCGAUAGAUGCAGGCUCGCCAAUCCAAUCGCUCGCUGAAGUACUCAACGAGACAAAGCGUCGUAAACCCAAGAAAACAUGGGCAGCACUCAUACCUGUCUCUGACGCUCCACUCGAGAAAAACAUUGUUGAGCACGUACCCUUGCCAGAUGGCUACGUUCUAGUCCCCAAGGGCGAUGUCUACAUCACUCGACACUGCCGCAGUAAGACCAAAGAGUCAGAACGAAUGGUCUAUGUCGUCUACCGCCAGAAUCGCACGGGCAAAAGAACCCUGGGAAUCCGAGUGCCCGAAGAAAUCUACACCGAAGUUCACGAAGCAGCCGCCGCAACAAAAGAAUCCCGCGCCAAAGCCGUGCAAGUGCGCGAUGCCAAGGAUCUCUCCAAAUCCCGAGACCUCUUAAAAAACGAAUUCCCGCUUAUGCCCACGGAAACCCUCAAAAUCAUCCUGGAGCAUGCUUUUCUCAAGGGAUCGGGGCGCGUAGGGCGGACAGCGAUGCUCAGUGACGAGAAAAAGACGCUCCUGGCUGUUGAGGCGCAUAUUCGACACGUCCACACGCCUUAUGAGAAGUUACUUGAGGAGGGCGUCAGUCGAAAGGAUGCUCGUGAGCAGGUCUGGUCUACUAUUCAGGCCGUUGAACUGGCAUGGCAGGGGUGUGAGAAGCGUGAGAUCACAUUGGCAUUGCGUCUGGUGGAUGAUUGA